AACAGAAGAUUCAAAGCUGUAGAUAAAUAAUAAAAAAAGGGGGUAAAUCUCAUUCCUUGCUUCUUCUUAGACGUCUCUCUCUCUCUCUGUCUCGCCCUCUUCUAGAGGAAUGGGAAUGAAAUGAUGCCUUUAUUCCCUCAUUUCAAUUCCCCCAUCUAAAACCCUAAUUCCUCAUUUUCUCUCCAAUCCUGUCUCCUCAUCUCGUUCUGCAGACGCCGCUCCAUCUUCAUCACAAGGAGGCAAGAUCUGAUCAUCUUCGAUAUCUUGGCUGCCCAAGUAUACGAUAUAGCCCCCAGCAAUAAAUCAUAAGCAAAGUUCAGGCCAUCCCUUUCCUCCAAAACAACAUUUGAGCUAGCCAGGUGCUAUAGGUAAGGAGCUGACGAGCGAGCCCAACUGAUUGCAAGGGCGGAAUCUCCUUUGAUUAUUGAUGCUGUUAGAUCGCACUGAGGAUUUCUGGUGUAGACACAUUUCAGUGGGAAAUUUUAGCAGGACAAGACUCUUGGGUAUGUUAGAAAUGGUGUAUCAUAGAUCUACAGAGACCAGAAUCUUAGGCCUCAAAAAGGAUCAGCCGUCAGCCUGUAUUACCUAUGCUUCUCCAGUAAAAGCAUUGCACCUAGAGUAGCGAUCCGGUUGGGGGGAUUGUAGGAUGGAAGCUUACAUGGAAGAGGAACAAACUGAAGACUACCUUUUCAAAAUUGUGUUGAUUGGUGACUCUGCUGUCGGGAAAUCAAACUUGCUUGCAAGAUUUGCAAGAAAUGAGUUCUACCCCAACUCCAAAUCGACUAUAGGAGUGGAAUUCCAAACCCAGAAGAUGGAUAUCGAUGGGAAGGAAGUUAAAGCACAGAUCUGGGACACUGCAGGCCAGGAGCGUUUUAGGGCGGUGACAUCUGCGUAUUACCGAGGCGCUGUUGGAGCUCUUCUGGUAUAUGAUAUCACUAGACGCCAGACGUUUGAUAGCAUCGGGCGAUGGCUUAAUGAACUGCACACCCAUUCCGACAUGAAUGUGGUUACCAUACUCAUCGGCAACAAGUCCGAUCUCAAGGAUGCGAGAGAAGUCAGCACAGAAGAAGGCAAGACCCUAGCUGAGGCACAGGGUCUGUUCUUCAUGGAGACCUCGGCCCUCGACUCAUCCAAUGUCACCUCUGCCUUCCAGACAGUCGUGAAAGAAAUCUACAACAUUUUGAGCCGGAAAGUCAUCCUCUCCCAGGAACAGAAGAAGCAGGACUCAAUCUCCUUGGGAAACGGGAAGACUGUCAUUUUACAGGGGGAUGCAAGCGAAUCAGAUGCUCAACUGAAGAAAGCCGGAUGCUGUUCUUCGUCCUAAGGCCAUAGCUACAAGUGAGGAGGUUAUCUCUAUCAAAUUGUCAUUCAUCUUGUUUUCUUUUUUUCAUUGUUGCUUCUCCCCUUGUAAAAGAAUUAAUUACAUGCAAAUUCCUUUUUAUUGUUUAGAUUUUUUUUAAAAUUUUUUUAUUUUUAGUUUACAGUCUGUGGGUGUUUGGUUCAAGAAGAGAAUCAUCACAAGGAGUAGAUAUGUAAAAAUGUGGCCUGAAAAGGAUUGAGAAAUGAUAUCGUGAAAGCUUGGAACU